CACCGGUACGGUUUCUCUCCGCCUGACAAUGGGGAUUCUGUUUCAGAUGUUGAGGCUAGUUUCAAAAACCUGACUGAGGAGAGAGAUGACUUGAAGAGGAAGCUGAAUAUCUCAGUUUCAGAGAGAGACGCUUUGAAGAGAACCAAGCUGGAUGUGGAGGCUGGUUUCAAAACCCUGACUGAGGAGAGAGAGGACCUGAAGAGGAAGCUGAAUAAAGUAGCUCAAGGAUGGGAAUAUUUCAGUGGUAGUUUCUACUACAAAUCUUCUGUCACUAAAACCUGGCAAGAGAGUAGAGAUGCCUGUCUUCAAAAGGGUGCAGACCUGGUGAUUAUCAACAGCAAAGAAGAACAGGAUUUCUUGAGAAAAUUUAAGAGGUACAUGUGGAUUGGUCUGACUGACUCAGAGACAGAGGGGACGUGGAAAUGGGUGGAUGGGACUCCACUGAAUGAAAGCUACUGGGCUUCCAGUGAGCCUAACGGUGGAGAAAGGGAGAACUGUGGUAACAUAUACCAUUACAAUUCGGAAAACAGCUUGAAUGAUGCACGCUGUCACUUGUUACUUAACUGGAUCUGUGAAUUGAAAGACCAUCCAUAA